ACCUACUGUGUAGAAUCAGUCUCUAACAUAUAUGUUUGCAGUUCUCUUUUUGAGGUUGGAUUAUAUUAAAGUAUGGCCAAUGAGAAAACCACUCACUGGUCGGAUAUUUUAAAAAGAAGAUUAGCUAACUCUACUCGUAAAGAUGAGAGGAAUGAAGACGAAAAGAAAGCAGAAGAAACAGAGCUUUUCACCAAGUACUAUUCGGAGUGGAAAGCAGGAAGCAACAGAGACAGCUCCUAUAAGAAGAUUCCUCGCUUCUACUACAGGUUGCCGGCGGAGGAUGAGGUCCUGCUCCAGAAGCUGAGAGAGGAGUCCAGGGCUGUGUUUUUACAGAGGAAGAGCAGAGAGCUGCUAGACAAUGAGGAAUUACAGAAUCUAUGGUUCCUCCUGGAUAAGCACCAAGUACCGCCAAUGUCAGGGGAGGAGGCCAUGAUCAGCUAUGAGGCCUACCUGAAGGUUGGAGAGAAGGCUGGACCUAAGUGCAAACAAUUCUUCACAGCCAGGGUGUAUGGCAAGCUGCUCCACAGUGACCCCUAUGGGAGGAUUUCCAUCAUGCAGUUCUUCAAUUACGUCAUGAGAAAAGUGUGGUUGCACCAGACCCGGAUCGGUCUCAGUCUGUAUGAUGUGGCAGGACAGGGCUACCUCAGAGAGUCGGAUCUAGAGAACUAUAUCCUAGAGCUGAUCCCCACUCUGCCUCAGCUGGAUGGCCUGGAGAAGUCCUUCUACUCAUUCUACGUCUGCACUGCAGUGCGCAAGUUUUUCUUCUUCCUGGACCCCCUUCGUACGGGAAAGAUCAAGAUCCAAGACAUCCUGGCCUGCAGUUUUCUGGAUGACCUGCUGGAAUUGCGUGACGAGGAGCUGUCCAAGGAGAGUCAAGAGUCGAACUGGUUCUCUGCACCGUCUGCCCUUCGAGUCUAUGGUCAGUAUCUGAAUCUGGACAAGGACCACAAUGGCAUGCUGAGUAAGGAGGAGCUGUCACGCUACGGCACGGCCACCCUGACCGCCGUCUUCCUGGACCGCGUCUACCAGGAGUGCCUCACCUACGAUGGAGAAAUGGACUACAAGACCUACCUGGACUUUGUGCUGGCCUUGGAGAACCGGAAGGAGCCCGCAGCUCUGCAGUACAUCUUUAAACUGCUGGACAUGGAGAACCAGGGAUACCUCACUGUCUUCUCCCUCAACUACUUCUUUAGGGCCAUCCAAGAGCAAAUGAAGAUUCACGGUCAGGAAGUCAUCUCCUUUCAGGAUGUCAAGGAUGAGAUCUUCGACAUGGUGAAACCUAAAGACCCUUACAAGAUCACCCUGCAGGACCUGGUGAACAGUUGCCAGGGCGACACGGUCUCCAGCAUCCUGAUUGACCUUAACGGCUUCUGGACCUAUGAGAAUAGAGAAGUGCUGGUCGCCAAUGACAACGACAGCAACAGCGCCCUUGACCUUGAUGACCCUUAAAGACACCGUGGGAAGGGGGAGAUCAGGGCGGGGAUAUAGUGGGGGGGAGUUGAGAGUAUAGACUAGAAUAUUUAAGUUAAGUUACCAUUAUUGUAUGGUUUAUGUUUCAUUCCGGCGUUUUGAUUGCCUCAUUAUACACUGUAUAUAUAAAGUGUGCUGUUUUAUCACUA